AUGAAAUUCAAAGCAUUCCUUACGGAUAAUGGAGUUACUCUGCUCGAAAAGAGGUUUUUGCCAGCGCUGGACAAAAUGGGAAGAAUUUGUCAUCUUUACUUAACCAAAGACUAUGCAAUUUUUCUUCACAAUCUACUCAACGGUGAUGGUGUUCAAUCAAUUGCUCAGUUUCGUAAAGAAGCUCUUUUUGAUGAUUACCGUAUCUCAAGCCAAAACGAAGAUCGUAUUGCUUUCACCGUUGAUCUGGCUCUUUUACAAAGAGCUCUUCGAAGCAGCGUUAGCAUUUCAUCGACUACCACAACCACUACUGUUACUGAUCGUCUUCAAAUUAAGCUUGUGAAGAAAUUACCCCCUAAUUCACAGCAACCUAUGCCUUUCCUCUCCUUUGAAUCCAAGGGUUACAAGUCUGCAGUGGUACAAGAUGUACCCAUUUCAAAACCACUCUCUAGAGCUGAUCUAUUGGAACUUCAAACUGCACUUGAUAUGGCUCAGGAUCUCCCUCAAACUCUGGUUCAAGUACCAGAUUUAGGGCAAUUGCAGAGCUUCGUGGAUCGCCUUAAGCAUGUUGGUGACUUACUUAAUAUCUCCGUUGCACAGUAUGGUGAUCUCCAUUUACAAGUUUCUACUACACUCAUUAGUCUAGGACAGGAAUUUCGCAAAUUGCGAGUUGUUGGAGUGCAAGCUGAGGAACCUCCUAGCUACCGAAAUAUGAGCGCUCAAUCUCGAACAGAAAUGGCAGUACAAAGGGGAGAAGCUAUGUCUGUGCAAGUAAGUAUGAAGCACUUUGCCAAGAGUCUGCAGUGUCACCUAGCAAAACCAGAUUCCUCAUUUUAUGGUAUAGCCCAACUGGGUGCUUGUUUGACUGUUAUAUUCCAGUUCUUCAUUCCAGGGACACGACAUAAUGACAAAUCUAUUAGUUUACACUGCCGGCUUCCUGUUCUCGAUCCAGGUUCUGGUUGAAGACUGAAGAGUAUAAUACAGGAGGCUUACCAUCAUUUGGUAAUUCUUGCCUACCUGAUUUGCUCUGAUAGAAAUGGGCAUAUUACCCUAUGCAGUACGUCAUGCUACCUUGGCUUUUGUGUAUAUAUCUUCGAGACGAAAAAGAAAACUGUCCUAAAUUUCUUCAACUGUUUUCCCCAGUGAUUUUUCUAUGGAUUUAUUUGGUUUCAGUCCCCAUUUUAACCGAUCUAAUAUUUUUAUAUAUCAAUAAAAGUAAAUAAAAAAAAG